GGUGCGGUGCAGAGAGCAGCCCAGUCGGAGGCCCGUGCAUCGCCUCGGCAGCCCUGUGGGAGCAGGAAGGAGGCCAGACUGCGCGAGGGCCCGGCCUUGCUGAGUUCUGCAGGCGUGCUGUUGCUUGGAGAGGGGCGCGGGGCGAAGGAGCCAGCGGAGCGGCAGAAGCGGGGCGAGGGGAAGCCAGGUGGCCUCAGACAGCCGCCUGAGGAAAAGCAGGAGGAGAAAGAGCCAGCCCAGGCGGGGGCUGUCACCGAAGUGAGAGCAUUGGCCGUGGCUGGGCCAGGUGACCUUCCCUGUGCCCUGCCGCCUGUGGAACACCUGCGAGCCCUCCAGCUGGAUCGGCAGCCGGUGGCUCUGCAUGCCAGCAAGGCCUUUGCCCGCCUGAGGAAGAGACAGAGGCCGAGGAGCAAGGUUCACCUGGAGCGCAGGAGUCUCCUCAUCAAGGGCAUCCCUGGCUUCUGGGCCACAGCGGUAUCCCUUUGGGUGGGUGUGCGGAGCGCAGGGAGAAGGGCCGCGUGUUGUGGGGCCGCGGGGUGGCCUGGGGGUGGUCAUGGGGCUGUGGGAGCAAGGAGGCCGUGGGAGAGAGGGAGGGUGCGUAAGCUCUCAGAAUAUUUAGUGGCAGAAGAAAUGGUGAGUGGAUGCCACACACUUGGAAAGCUGUUGGAGCGGGAG